GUGGGUAUACGGUGUAAACCUGCGUAUCACCACUGGGAAGAACGCUCUCCGCGUUUUUCUCUUUCGACUGCAGUUCUGAUUUGAAACACUAGGUGCCAAUGCUACUUAUUUUGCCUUUAAUGACACCACAUCACUACGUACCAUUGACAGGUUCAUCUAACUUUAGUGCUAAACAAUGUAAUGGGGGGGGCAUUUGAUAAGAAUAAUUCAGUGCUGUUUUAUUCUAAAAUCUGAAUUAAUUCAGAUACUUAAUACAAGGUAAUGUUCAGGACUUAUAACUUGUGACUUUGUAAAGUAUGUAUCCUGAGCAUCUCCUUUGUGGCAGCUUACAGAGGAGGUCAGGACUGAGAAAUGAAGUUUGCCAGCAACUGUUGCAGGUGUUGGCACCAUAGUGCAGCUGUCUUAAGCAUAUUUACAUUGAAUAAUUGAACAUCCAUAUUUUCUGUACCACAAGAAAAGAUGUUCCUACAGUACUCAUUUGUAAUGCAGUGCAGUGCUUUAAUAAAUUUAAUUUAAUCAUACGUUCCUAUCAAUGUCCAUGCACAGCUGAAUAUCAGACUGUUUAAAAAAUGCUCCCUCAUCUGUUUCAAAACACAAAAAGAAAACAAUAAAAUGUGUGACUCAUACUUGGGUCUGCUAGACAAUAGGUGGAAUAUAAGACAAUUAUUUUCAAGGAGUUUGAGGUAUGAGAGCUAAUUUACAUUUCAAGUAAAUGUUAUUGUAUUUUCAUCCCUGGCCAGCUUACUGUGAAAUUGUUCUGAGCUGCUACAAAGGGCUCAUCACUGUCAACAGAGUGCUAGAGGAAUAAAUGCUCCUUUUGCAAUUAAUGCUGUGUGAUUGAGGCCUGCCAGAGUUGGCCCACAACAUGCAAAAGGAUGACCGGUCCGGGGACGACAGCCAGCGAGAAAGUGUGUCUGAUGAUUCAUCAGACUCCCCAGAGCCAGGGCCAAUUACUUGCAUGGAGCCCUUCUUGGUGCGGAGACUUUCUUGCCGUACGGUCCAGCUGCCCCCUUUGGCCUUUAGACAGGCAGAGCAAUACUACUGUGACCGUAAGCCUGAGCAGGACACAGUCACAGUCCCACCACGACCCACAACACUGCCAUUACGCACACCGCCACUCAUCGCCAUCACCUCUGCAGACACUAGCAGUUUCGAUGUGGACAAUGGCACAUCAUCAGGUCGAAGCCCCCUGGACCCGAUGGCCAGCCCGGGUUCAGGCCUCAUCCUCCAAGCCAAUUUCGUCCACAGCCAAAGGAGAGAGUCGUUCCUCUACCGCUCUGACAGCGACUACGACCUCUCCCCCAAGUCUAUGUCCCGAAACUCCUCCAUUGCCAGUGACAUUCACGGUGACGACAUGAUUGUAACGCCAUUUGCACAGGUUCUCGCAAGCUUGCGAACUGUACGAAACAACUUUGGUGCAUUAACUAAUCUACAGCAAGACAGAGCAUCUAAUAAGAGAUCACCCAUGUGUAACCCGCCACCCAUCACCAAGACCACCUUCACAGAGGAGGCCUACCAGAAACUGGCCACUGAGACCCUGGAGGAGCUGGACUGGUGCCUGGACCAGCUGGAGACCCUGCAGACGAGACACUCAGUCAGCGAAAUGGCAUCUAACAAGUUUAAGAGGAUGUUAAAUCGGGAGCUGACUCACUUAUCGGAGAUGAGCCGCUCUGGGAAUCAAGUGUCUGAGUUCAUCUCCAGCACCUUCUUGGAUAAGCAACAUGAAGUGGAGAUGCCAUCCCCGCAAACGCAGAAGGAAAAGGAGAAGAAGAACAAGCCCAUGUCCCAGAUCAGUGGGGUGAAAAAGCUCCAACACUCCUCAAGCCUCACAAACUCCAAUAUCCCUCGCUUUGGGGUCAAGACAGAGACUGAGGAUGAACUAGCUAAGGAGCUGGAGCAUGUGAAUAAAUGGGGCCUCAAUGUUUUUAAAAUCUCAGAAUUCUCUGGGAAUCGACCAUUGACAGUCAUGAUGUACACAAUAUUUCAGGAGAGAGACUUGUUAAAAACUUUUAAAAUUCCACUCGACACCUUUAUAACAUACCUGAUGACCUUAGAAGACCAUUAUCAUGGCGAUGUGGCCUACCAUAACAACAUCCAUGCUGCUGAUGUCACCCAGUCAACUCACGUGCUGCUUUCCACCCCUGCUCUUGAGGCUGUGUUCACAGACCUUGAGAUCCUCGCUGCCAUCUUUGCCAGUGCAAUUCAUGACGUCGACCAUCCUGGAGUGUCGAACCAGUUCCUAAUUAAUACCAAUUCAGAGCUAGCCUUGAUGUACAACGACUCAUCGGUGUUGGAAAACCACCAUCUAGCAGUCGGUUUUAAGCUCCUGCAAGAGGAGAACUGUGACAUCUUCCAAAACUUGACCAAAAAACAACGACAAUCACUGCGCAAGAUGGUCAUUGACAUCGUGCUUGCGACAGACAUGUCAAAACACAUGAAUCUUUUGGCCGAUCUGAAGACGAUGGUGGAAACCAAGAAGGUGACCAGCUCUGGUGUAUUGCUGCUGGACAACUACUCUGACAGGAUACAGGUUCUCCAGAACAUGGUUCACUGUGCAGACUUGAGCAACCCCACCAAGCCUCUUCAGCUGUACCGACAGUGGACGGACCGCAUCAUGGAGGAGUUUUUCAGCCAAGGUGAUCGAGAGAGGGAGAGGGGAAUGGAGAUCAGCCCCAUGUGUGACAAACACAAUGCCUCAGUAGAAAAAAGCCAGGUUGGAUUCAUAGACUAUAUUGUUCACCCCCUGUGGGAGACAUGGGCUGAUCUGGUCCAUCCUGAUGCCCAGGACAUCCUGGACACGUUAGAGGACAACAGAGAGUGGUACCAAAGCACCAUCCCCCAGAGUCCCUCUCCAGCCUUGGAUGAGCCAGAGGAUAGCACUCGACCCCCUGGAGGGGAUAAGUUCCAAUUUGAGCUCACCCUGGAGGAGGAUGGGGAGUCAGACACUGAAAAAGACAGCGGCAGCCAGCCAGAAGAAGAAGAGGAAGAGGAAGAUAACAGCUGUACUGACUCAAAAACACUCUGUACACAAGACUCUGAAUCAACAGAGAUUCCACUGGAUGAACAGGUGGGGGAGGAUGAUGAUGAUGAAGAGGAGGUAGCUGAGGAGGGAGAAACAACCUGCUCACAAGCAUGUGUUUUAGAGGAAGAGGUUGCAGAGGAGGAGGUGGAGGAAGAGGAGAAAUCCCCUGACACAUAGCAGUUAUGGACAGCAGCUGAUUAACUGCUCUUCUUAGUAAUGACAGAUGAUUAUUUAUAGAAUAUUUUUGGGUUUUGUGAAAUCUGUGUUUUUUUAUACAUCUAUGUUUCUGGUUCCAAAGUGCGCGCUGCUCUCCAUCUUGACCACUCCUCCUGUCAGCUUUGUUGAGGCACGCCCACCGGUACUAUUUACAUUUAUGUUUGAUUAUUUAUUUUUUUUAUUUUUUUUUUUUGCACUCAGGAAAACUCCUUUUCAUUCCCGUUUGUACUGAAGGGGUGGGACUUUAUUUAACCUUGACACCUCCCCUUUACGAUCCUAAGUUUCGGAUGUGGACGAAUAGUUCACAUGCUGCUCAGUGCUGCUCAUAUGUUACAUUAUUUUUCUGCUUUCUUUCUGCUUUUCUCUCAGUCUUGCCUGACAGUUUGGUCGUGUCUUUAUAUUUUAUUAAGUGCCCAGAAUCUCCCUCUCCCUCUUAAGUCAUAUCCUGCCCACUAUCAAUUAGGAAGCUUGUUAUGCUGCCGUUCAGCUGAAAACUCAACGGACGCUGCAGAGACGGUAGCUGCAGCAAACUAGAGAACUUUCAAAAUACAUUUCUGAUGUGGAAGUCUUCCUUGAAAACCUGUCUGACACAUAGGGUAAAUCUGAACAGCCAUGACACUGUCCUAGACCCCUUUUAUUUUAAUAUAGUUCUGUACGUAAGCUUCAGACAUUAUAUAGAGUUACUUUUGAAAGCUUUCUUUUGUUAAGAAAGGAGACAGUAGCCUUUGGCAACUAACAGGGAAAUGUGUCAGAGUUUUUCAGUGUUUUGAAGGGGUAUUUUCACAGCUGGAUGUUAUGAGGGGUGUUCUGAGCUGUUUGCAACUGUGCCAAUAGCAUUUAUUCUACUAUUCAUAUGCCACCAUUCUUAUCUCCAAUAAGUCCUGUGUGUUAAAAUUUGGAAUUCAUUCAUUACUAUUUUUGGUGAGAGUUUUCACUGAAAAAGAAACAUAGAAAGCUAAGGUUGUAUCCCUAACUCUCACUGGAAUCAUUCAUGACAUGGAUGAAGCCUUUAAAUUUUAUUCAUGUUGCCUGCAGUUCUUUUGAACACAUCCCAAGACAAUGCAAUGCUUUAUAGUUGAUACAAAAAGCACCUUUUUGGAAGCUUGAUUAGUGCUUCAAGUGUAUAGAAAUAGUAAUGGUGGUAAAAAAAAUUAUUAGGGGGAUUUUAUGUAAAUGUUAUGAAAUCUUUGUUUAAUAUCUCUGGCUCAUUUUCUUCGGUGUAUACAGCAGCCACGAUGAUUUCUUUCAUUGAAUUUAUAUUUAAUUUGCCAUCACAUUAGUUCCAGUUACUGUCUUUGUUUUCAACAAGACAAUCAGCUCCAUUGAGUAGUCAUGAGAUAAGACUAUCCUCUACGUAGAUACUCUAAUGCACUAAUAUAUUCAUAUCGCACCUCUUUAAUAUUUUUAAACUAUUUUUAAACUCGCCAAAACACUGACUCAUGCUUGAACACAAGCUUGAACGUUAUCGUCCUGCAUCUCAUCCAAAAGUUCCCUUUUCCAUGUUGAUACCAUUUUAAAAUCACUUAAACCUUAUGCUAUUAUUUAUUGGUAUAUUUUUCUAUUUGUUGAAUUGUUUUUUGCUAUAUAAAGGUGGUGCAGUUAAUAUGUUACUGUAGCAUAAACCACCAGGCUUGCCAGUUACAAUACCCAAAUAUACUUUUUUCCUUGUGUAUAUAAGGUAUUUUUAAAAAAUCAACUAAAGUAAAAGAAAGGAAAAAAAACACUUGAAACACCACGCACCGCUUUCUCUUUAAGAGUGUGUUUGUUUUAAUUAUGUCAUUUUAAUUUCAUAUUUUUAUUUUGUGCCAAGAUUUGUUUUUUUUCUUUUUUUCAUCUUCACCCAAAGCCCUUACCUGUAAUAAAAAUUUUCUGGUUUUAUCGCUGUUUACAAACACAUAUUUAUUGUGCUGUAUAUAAUAUAUAAUUAUUAAUGUUAUUACUAUCAUCAUGCAGUUUGCUGUAAAUGGUUGAUUCUAUCAUCCCUUUUGGUGAUGGCGUGGCUGUAUUACGUACCUCUUGUUGAGAGAAUGUUUAUUACACAUGAGCUGCAGUGUAAAAAUUAUCCAUCGACUUAUUGCUUAUCUGAGAACUAGCUCAGUGAGGAGAGGGGGAAAGCCAAAUUGUUUUUUAAAAAGAAACUGUUCCUUGGCCCAUGGGCUGUGCCUUAAAUUCAACACAUAAUUUACUUUAGCCUUUUUUUUCUUGUUUUUAUUAUUAUUAAUAUUAUUAUUAUUGUUAUUAUUAUCUCGAUCUAAUUUGCUGCAUUGGUGAAUCUUUUGGCUUGGUUGGCCUGAUCACUAGUUGAGAAAAGUUGCCUUUUCAUUAUCACAGCCAAACACAGUUUUGUCUAUCACAUGUAUGGGACUUUGUAGAAAAUAUAUGUCUGCGCAAACGUUUGUUAAGGUUCAGGUCAACCAUAAGUCAUAGAUUUACUCCACGAGUUAUUGUGGCCGAUAGCCGGAUGUCCAAGAGUCGUAUUUGCUGUAGACCUGGUCGUAACAACUCACACUUUUAUUUACGCUCUGCAACUACACUCAAAGAUGUGACUCAGCCUGUCGGAUGUGGACGAUAUGGGAGAGGUUUUACUGUGUUGUCCACCUUCUGGUUGCGUUGCAGCUACAAACACUGAAUGGAGCGCAACAGGAGUGUGUCGUUGGUGCUGGACUGUGGCUCUACAAAGCACAGAGGCUAUGAGACACACCUGCAUGUUCAGCCACUGCUGCAUUAAUUAUGGCUGAAACACUCACGGUGUGUUCUUUAUCUAUGCUCGGCCCACACUUCCACUCACAUCACUUGCAAUAUCCAAAACCACUGACAUUUUUCUGCCUGGGCGGGAGGAAGGGUUUAGUAUAUUUCUUUACUGAAGGGAAAGGGGGAGGGAAUAGGGAGGGACGGGUGUGGGGGAUCGCAUUGUCCCGAAACAGGGACUCUUCUUUUGACACACAUACUGUAGAUUUUAAACAGCCCUGGACCAAUGGAAAUAGUGGGUUCUUUUCUCAUUAUGUGUUCUAUUUUUUUAUGGUGUGAAAGGAAAAACUCAAACUGUAACUUAAAGAAAAAAGGUCUUCAGGACAAUUAUUUUUUGGGUUAUGUCUUUAGAAUGCCUACUUGUCUGGACGUUUCACAGGACAGUUAAAAUGUUAUUUUAAUGGAUUCCUUGUUAAUUGCAGUCUAUUGGAUAGCACUGUAGAUCAUACAACUUUAUGUAGAAAAACAAAUAAAAAGAAUGAAAAAAGUUUUUAUAUGCAAUGGAUUAAAUAAAAGCAUGGGUUGAUUCUG